GUCUGAUUGAAACAUUAAAGUUAAUCUGAAGAUGUUUAAUUUUGGUUUUGUUUUUUUUUAAAAUUAAUGUCGUAAUUUUUAAUAUAUUGCAUUAAUAAAGCGUAAUUCUGGUUGGGGUAAAAAGAAAGAAGCGUGGUUAUGCUCGAAGCAUGCCUUCGACGUCGCGGUCGCGGGGCUCAGGGCGCGGGCCUGACGGCGCGCCACGGAUUCAAGUCUUAGCGCCCAUGUCGGAGCGGCAGCAGUUGGCUCUGGUGAUGCAAAUUUCAUCCCAGGAUGCCCCUCCAGCCGCUCCGACACCAGCUGAAGAAAGAAAACGGUCCAGGCAACAACGGAAUGAACGAGGAGAAACCCCUUUACAUGUAGCAUCUAUCAGAGGAGACCAUGAACUUGUUAAAAAGCUUCUUGGUCAGGGUCAAGAUCCAGACGUACCUGAUUUUGCAGGUUGGACAGCACUUCAUGAAGCAUGUAGUUAUGGUUGGCUGGAUGUAGUAACGGUGCUCGUUGAAGGUGGUGCUAAUGUCAACGCCAAAGGCUUGGAUGAUGAUACGCCACUUCAUGAUGCCACUACAUCAGGCAAUCUAAAAAUGGUGAAAUUUCUUAUUGAACAGGGAGCUGAUCCAUUUGUUAAGAAUGCAAAAGGCAAAAUGCCAUCCGACUAUGCAGCUCCACAUAUUUUGGAAUAUCUACAAACAUUAAAAGAUAACGCGAGAGCUGCACACACUGGUCGAUCAAGGGAUGACAGCAACAAAAAAGGUUGCAAUGCAAGUUCAAACAGCCACUCUAACAAGCGAAGCAACAUGGAGAGCCUAGCGCAGGGCGAAAAUUUUGAGAGCAAGGAAGCCACCUCUCAAGAAAAAGGCAAUAAUGUUGAAAAUAAAGAUGAUGGAGCACAGCUGAGUAGUGGAGUAGUAUCAUCAACACAAGAUGAAGUUGGUUCAGGCUUAAAAAGGUCAUAUGCAGAAGAAGGUCAAGAGGCGGAAGCAACAGAAGAUGAGAUAUCAAAACGGAAAAAACGAAAAGAUAAUGAAGAAAAGGAACCAAUGGCGAAACCGGCUCCCGUAGCAAGAGGUGGCACUGGACGAAUACUAACUGGUAGCAAACCACCGGGACCCGCAAGUAAAACCGGAGCAGUGCCAUUGGGCAAAGGUGGGGCAGCACAGAAUAAAGGAGCCGGUGGUUCUUCAGGGAAAGGUGCGCAGGCGCAGGGCAAGGGAGGCGGCACUACGAAAGCUAAUGCGCAAAGUACACAUCAGGGUAAAUCAGCAGCGAAAGGUGCAUCAAGUUCACAAGCAAGCAAACAAGAUAGAAAAAGUCCAGUAGCAAGUCCAAAACCAAAUCAGGGUAAAGAUAAUGACUGUGAUAAUGAAGAGUCUAAGAGCCAGGAGUCCUCUGCACCUAAAGUUCCACCUCUCAAAAUAGUCAUACCCGGUGGGGCAAGUGGAUCUGGUAGCCGUAAUGAGCAAGAAGGAGAAGGCGGUACUGGUCAGAGAGGCAGCGGUAAGGGUAGGGGCAGUGCUUCAACGCUGCCUUAUGUGAUACCAUGCACUAGUACUGACACAGGCCAGACUUCGGACAGCUCUGAUGGUGUCUGUGAAGAGAAAAGAACUGGAGAAAGCAGCAAGGCAGGGCAAAGAGUACUUCGCUCCCACAGAACGAAUGACGGUGAUAAAGAUAAGGGGAGGAGUUCUCCGACAGGGUCGGACAAUCGCUCAGGACACAGUCAGGCUUUGAAUUCCAACAAAAGUCCGCCGCCCUCUGGACAUGACGGUGAGCACGCAACGUCUACUUCAUCUGGUUCGGGUGGGAGAUCUGAAUCAGCUCCAGGGCCUUCUGUGGAGUUGCAUCCGAGGAAGCGUAAGAUCAAGUCUUCUAAGGACAGCCACUCACGGGAGUCGAAGAAUGAACAAGUGCCCGACAGCACUACACUCACUCACAACAUCACCCAUUCGAACCCGUACCAGAUGUACAUACAUAUACGUAAACAGAUUGAGCGGCGUCAGAAAGGCUUGUUUCCAGUAAAACCAAAACCACCCAAAGAUUUCAACAAAUAUCUAAUGAAUCGUUGCACAUAUACCCUACAGAACAACGUAAAUCCUGAGCCACAAGUCGAAAUACCAAUCAAUUUGCCUACACAAAUGGUAAACGAAUUUUUGGCUCAGGAAAAAGAGAGGACACGUUUGCGUAUUCAGCAUCUAGUUGAGAAAGAAAAACUUGUUCUGGCCGUCGAACAAGAGAUACUGAGAGUUCACGGGCGCGCCGAACGCGCUGUGGCUAACCAAGCUCUUCCUUUUUCGGUGUGUACAAUACUACGCGACAAAGAAGUUUACAACAUUUUGGCACCGGAUCAGGAAGAGAAACGCAACGCGCAGCGCUCUCGCUGCAAUGGACGGCAGAUCAACUCGUGGCUGCAGGAGGUCGAUGAUAAGUGGGAGAAGAUCAAGGAAGGAAUGCUUCGACGUCAACACACUGAAGCAGAAACAUUGCAUGCGGUACAAAUGAUGGGAUGGGAAUGGAAGUUAAAAGAACAUGGUCUGUGCGAUUACAAAACAACGCCUAAAAUCGAACCCACGCAUGUACCACAAAUUCACGUGUCAAAUUUUGACUUGCCCGCUUGAAUUUUAAGUUCAUAUUGCCUGUGUUUAUGUAAGGCUAGCACAAUUAUUGUGCCGGCAUAACUCUAAGUUUUGUCAUUCUAACGAUCUCUUAACACUUUUAUAACAUCGAUUGGUAAUACGACUCAAGCGGAGCUACGAAAUUGGAUUAUAACGUUUCUAAAUUUUUCGACUGUCGUCGACCCUUUCUAAGGAUUCUCCUGCGCCCCGCUUUCCGGUAUAGGCUGACUCUGGACUUAAUAAUAAAAAAAAUAUCAUCUACUAAAAAUCAAGAAUCAAAGCAGAAUCAAUCGCUACCGGAAUUCGGAUAUAAUUUACUUAUAAUUUCCCAUUAGGCAUCUGAUAAAAAAUCAGAUCAUUUUUGGCGCACUAGCCAUUUUCUAAUGUGAUAAACACAUUUAUAAUUGAUUUUAAUUAGAUUAGGUAUAAAGGUACAAUUUAUUUUAAACUUUUAAUUUCAAAUGUGUAUAUAAAGUCGUUUUUAUUCUUAUUUUAAAUAAUUUAGAUUUAUGUCUCUAAUGAUAAUUGUUUUAAUAAAAACUUCUAAUUAUGGAUUUAAAACAAUGGUACAGUUUAUAUUUAAUUUUAAUUUUUAAUGACGUAUUUAAAGGAUUAUUUUAAUAAUUAGCUGAAUUUUAUAAUCAUGU